AUCCUCCGUCUGGCUUUUAACCUGUUUUAUCCCUGACUCGGUUGCACGAGUGAAGACACAACCAACCAAUAGCAAAUUAGCAAAAGCAACAGCCAACAAGUGAUAAACAACCACACACAUAGGUAGGGAUUUAGAUUAGGGGCGGCGAUGGGUCACUCAUCGGAGGAUUUCUCGGUGGUGGUGUUGGCAUCGGACCUCGGCGUCGAUGCACGACCCUUCCUCGCUCACCAACAACAAGAAGAAGCAGAGAAAUGGCACGACUGUUCCCAACACCUCUCCCCCGACGAUGACUUCUCAGAUCUCGAUCUCUUGCAAUUCCUUCUCUUCCAAGGUUCCGACAAAAACUCCCAUCGCAUUCUCCGCAUCGUCGGCAAGUACUUUCCCGCAACGGUUGUGAGUGCGGAGCGGCUGAAGAGGUAUGUUAUUCACAAAAUUUGCAGCGAGUUGCCAGAGGGGCCAUUCUGCAUUGUUUACAUGCACAGCACUGUUCAGAAGGAGGAUAACUCCCCUGGCCUAACCAUCUUGAGGUGGAUUUAUGAGGAACUUCCUGGUGAUUUCAAGGACAGGCUUCAAACUGUGUAUUUCGUCCAUCCUGGCCUUCGAUCCAGGAUAGUCAUGGCUACCCUUGGCCGGUUUUUCUUGAGUGGAGGAUUAUAUUGGAAGAUCAAAUAUGUAAGCCGCCUUCAGUACCUUUGGGAUGAUAUAAAGAAAGGAGAUAUUGAGAUACCAGAUUUUGUGAAAAGUCAUGAUGAUAUUCUGGAGCAAAGACCACUCACAGAUUAUGGCAUUGAACCUGACCCCUUUCACUUGACUGGGAUACCUUCAACUACGUUCUCGUUUGGAAAGUAUGAGGAGAGGUGGGCAGCAAGGGAUUUUGUAUCCUAGUAUGGUUAUUGCUUAGUUGUUCUAUGAAACACGAGCUGUUGUACAGAGUAGCUCUGAUAUUGUAUUUGUAUUUCUUGUACUCAUCUUUGAGUUUCUUUUUUAUUGAAUUAAACUUGACUGUAUACAACUACAUGUUUUACAUGCCAAGAGAAACUUAUUUCAGUGUAUUAAUCUAUGGAAGUUCAAAGUGUGCGUUCUCACAUGAUCAUACUUUCUUGAACAUUCCUUGAC